GGGGAGGGGAGCGGGGGGAGGAGGAGGAGGAGGAGAGAGCAGAGUAUACCGCAGACAUCAUUUCUACUACAGUGGCGGAGCCGUACAGGACCUGUUUCACUGCAGGGGGAUCCAAAACAAGCCCCGUGGAGCAGCAGCCAGAGCUACAGCAGCCGCAAGACACUGUUUCUCUCCCUCUGCCCCCCCUUCCCCACGCAACCCCAGAUCCAUUUACACUUUACAGAGCGUCGUGCAGCAAGUCACCAGGGUAGCCCCUUCAAGCUGCAGAUUUGUUGGUCAUCCUUGUACAACAGCCUUCUCCACGGCCACUACAGGGAAGUCCAUCAUGUAUCAGCAUACUGGAGCAAAAUGAAAGAGUUUCUUUUGAGGCCUCAAAAGUAGUGCUGCUGCAGAUCCUGAGCAAGAGAGAAAGAGUGAACUUCAGCCUGCACAAAUGGUCUUGAAACGCGGAUGGUUUUGGAUCUAGGCAUUUUACAGUGAGUAUAUCUACUGCCACCCUUUCUACUCAAGCAAAAUCUGUGUGAAAAGAUCUGCUGUGAAGGAACUGACUGCUUAUGUUUCUCCAUUGUGAUGAAAGCACGUGGUGUAGAAAAAGGUUUAAUGUAUUUCUUAAUGGCUUCAACUUGAAUUAGUGGAGUUGACUAAGACGACUCCUGGAGAAACUACCUGAUUGACGUUGGCAAGUCAGAGACCGGUUCACCACAGAGCUGUGAAAUCAGUGCUGCCUAUGUCACCUGGCCAGUGGGACCCUUGGAGCAGCCCUCGUGUGAGAGCAGAGCCUCGUCCCAACCCCGGGCAGCCUUGCUCCUGAGACAAGUUUUGGAAUUCAGAUGUUGUCCUUGAAGUGCUAGUGACUUCUCAGAUCAACUUGGGUCAUUCAAGCAUUCAUUUUCCAAAGAAAUUAGCCCGUUUUCUUGGUGAAGAGAAAUCAAUAUGCUGUUUUCAUAGGGGAUUUCUCAUCUCUCUGUGAAAGGAAGAAAGAACACGCCUGAGCCCAGGAGCGCUCCAGCUACUUGUGGGAAGUCUCCAUGGUGAAGGAUAGGCUGGGGCUACCUGUGAACAGCGCACAGUGAAUGUUAUUCCAGAGCUGCUGCUGGCGGAUCGCACCCACGGGGAGAUGAUUCCUCAUGAAGAGCCUGGAUCCCCUACUGACAUCAAAUGUGACUUUCUGUUUAUCAGACUAAAAUCAGAGCCAGCCAGACAGUGAAACAGUCACCGUGGAGGGGGGACGGCGAAAAAUGAAAUCCAGCCAAGAGCGGAGCAACGAAUGCCUGCCUCCCAAGAAGCGCGAGAUCCCCGCCACCAGCCGGCCUUCUGAGGAGAAGGCCACGGUCCUGCCCAGCGACAACCACCGGGCGGAGGGCGUGGCAUGGCUCCCCGGCACCCCUGGUGGCCGAGGCCACGGGGGCGGGAGGCACGGGCCGGCGGGGACUUCUGGGGAGCUUGGUUUACAACAGGGAAUAGGUUUACACAAAGCGCUGUCCACGGGGCUGGACUACUCCCCGCCUGGCGCGCCCAGGUCUGUGCCGGCGACCACGACGCUGCCCUCGGCUUACCCUCCCCCGCAGUCAGGGACUCCGGUGUCCCCGGUGCAGUAUGCUCACCUGCCGCACACUUUCCAGUUCAUUGGGUCCUCCCAGUACAGCGGGCCCUACGCUGGGUUCAUCCCUUCCCAGCUGAUCUCCCCAACGGCCAGCCCCGUCACCAGUGCAGCGGCCUCUGCCGUGGCGGCCACCACUCCAUCCCAGCGCUCCCAGCUGGAGGCCUAUUCCACUCUGCUGGCCAACAUGGGCAGUCUGAGCCAAGCCUCAGGACACAAGGCUGAGCCGCAGCAGCAGCACUUAGGCAGGACUCCGGGGCUCAUCACCCCCGGGUCCCCACCACCCACCCAGCAGAACCAGUAUGUCCACAUUUCCAGCUCUCCACAGAACGCCGGGCGCGCGGCCUCUCCUCCAGCCAUCCCCGUCCACCUCCACCCCCACCAGACGAUGAUCCCACACACACUCACCCUGGGGCCCUCCCCCCAGGUGGUAGUGCAAUACACCGACUCUGGCAGCCACUUUGUUCCUCGGGAGGCCACCAAGAAAGCCGAGAGCAGCCGGCUGCAGCAGGCCAUGCAGGCCAAGGAGAUCUUGAACGGUGAGAUGGAGAAGGGCCGGAGGUACGGGGCUCCCACCUCUUCCGACCUGGGCCUGGUGAAGGCGGGCAGCAAGUCAGUUCCUCACCCGUACGAGUCUAGGCACGUGGUCGUCCACCCAAGCCCCGCCGACUACAGCAGUCGGGACUCCUCGGGAGUCCGGGCCUCUGUGAUGGUCCUGCCCAACAGCAACACACCCGCAGCCGACCUGGAAGUGCGGCAGGUCACGCACCGGGAGGCCUCCCCCUCCACCCUCAAUGACAAAAGCGGCCUGCAUUUAGGGAAGCCUGGGCACCGAUCCUAUGCCCUGUCACCCCAACAGGCUCUGGGCCCCGAAGGCGUGAAGGCCGCCGCCGUCGCCACGCUGUCACCCCACACGGUCAUUCAGACCACACAUAGCGCUUCGGAGCCACUCCCGGUUGGACUGCCAGCCACGGCCUUCUACGCGGGGACUCAGCCGCCUGUCAUCGGCUACCUGAGCAGCCAGCAGCAGGCCAUCACGUACGCCGGCAGCCUGCCCCAGCACCUGGUCAUCCCCGGCACCCAGCCCCUGCUCAUCCCGGUCGGCAGCGCCGACAUGGAGGGGUCGGGAGCAGCCUCUGCGAUCGUCACGUCGUCGCCCCAGUUUGCUGCAGUGCCUCACACGUUCGUCACCACCGCCCUUCCCAAGAGCGAGAACUUCAGCCCAGAGGCCCUGGUCACCCAGGCCGCCUACCCAGCCGUGGUGCAGGCCCAGAUCCACCUGCCCGUGGUGCAGUCUGUGGCGUCCCCCGCCGCGGCCCCCCCCACGCUGCCCCCCUACUUCAUGAAAGGCUCCAUCAUCCAGUUGGCCAAUGGGGAGCUGAAGAAGGUGGAGGACUUGAAAACGGAAGACUUCAUCCAGAGUGCAGAGAUCAGCAACGACCUGAAGAUCGACUCCAGCACUGUAGAGAGGAUCGAGGACAGCCACCACCCAGGCGUCGCCGUGAUACAGUUUGCCGUCGGGGAGCACCGAGCACAGGUCAGCGUGGAAGUUUUGGUAGAGUAUCCUUUUUUUGUGUUUGGACAGGGCUGGUCAUCCUGCUGUCCAGAGAGAACCAGCCAGCUCUUUGAUCUGCCGUGUUCCAAACUCUCCGUUGGGGACGUCUGCAUCUCGCUUACCCUCAAGAACCUGAAGAACGGCUCUGUUAAAAAGGGCCAGCCCGUGGAUCCCGCCAGUGUCCUGCUGAAGCACGCAAAGACCGACAGCCUCACGGGCAGUAGACACAGGUAUGCCGAGCAGGAAAACGGAAUCAAUCAGGGAAGUGCCCAGAUGCUCUCCGAGAAUGGUGAACUGAAGUUUCCGGAAAAAAUAGGAUUGCCUGCAGCGCCCUUGCUCACCAAAAUAGAACCCAGCAAGCCCGCAGCAACGAGGAAGAGGAGGUGGUCGGCGCCGGAGACCCGCAAACUGGAGAAAUCAGAAGACGAGCCACCUUUGACUCUUCCUAAGCCUUCUCUAAUUCCUCAGGAGGUUAAGAUUUGCAUUGAAGGCCGGUCUAAUGUAGGCAAGUAGAGGCAGUGUGAGGAAAGGAAAGUCGGCUCCUUCUUACCAUUUGUAUCCAGAUUACUGUACUGUAGGCUACAUAACACAGUAUUUACAUGUUAUCCUCUUACUUUAGGUUUCUGUUAUAACCUUGUCAUUAGAGUUACAGCUGAUGUUGCCAGGAGACUGGUGCAUAUGCUUUUUCCUUGAGGGUCUGUCAGUGAGUGGGCAGGCGGGGGGCCAGGGCAGGGCCAGUCCAGGCUCUGGGCAUCCUGGUAGAAAUGAAUGUGGCUGCACAGCGCCUGCCUUUUCCAGCACAGAAGCAUCCACUGGGCGCUGACUUCCGCUGGUUUCAUGAGGAAGUUCUUUGGGAAGAGCACUGCAGGGGGUGUGUGCGUGCGUGCUUGUGUGCGUGCGUGUCAGGGUGCACGAAUGCUGCAUUGAGUGAGGGUCUCUUUCUCUCUGCCUCCCUCUGUCUCACUCUCUUGCUCUCAGCACGGGAUUGGAGGUCCAGAGGAAUGUCCUCAUGGACGCAUGCAAAAUAAACAUCAGGAACCCAGCUUCAGAGCAUCCUAGAGAGGCAUCAGACAGCAGAUGGAAAGACAGUGUAAAAGAACUGCCCUAACAGUGUAAAAGAACAUUUUUUUCCAACAUAUUUUACAAUAAAAGCAACUUUUAUUCAUAUAGAUACAUAUUUCCCCCUAUGGGGCCUGACUGCACUGAUAUUUUUUUUUAAAGAGCAACUACCACACGUGGGAUUUCGUUUCUGCUUUACUAGUGCAGUGAUGUCUCCAGGGUGUCGUGGUGGGCAGCGCAGCCCCUGAGUACAUCCCUCCUGG